AUGCGCACAAACUUUGUCAACACUCAACUGGAACAUACCUACCUAAAGACUAUCACAGCUGAUGUUCGACUUUGACAUUCAAGUGAAUUUCUAUUUCAUUGUACGUAAAAUAAAUCUUUGUCCUACAAAUACUUGAAAUACUUAACUUUUGGUGAAUAAUUUUUCGAAAAUUAUGGGUAAUCGAUCAUCUUUAUUACUCCGUGAAGAAGAAAUUGCACAAAUUCAGGAAGAAACAGGAUUUACACCAAAUCAAAUUGAACGAUUAUAUUCACGUUUUACAUCAUUGGACCGUGGUGACUGUGGUACAUUAAGUCGUGAAGAUUUUCUGCGUAUACCAGAAUUAGCGAUAAAUCCAUUAGGUGAUCGUAUCGUUCAUGCAUUUUUUCAACAAUCAUCCACCGAUCGUGUGAAUUUUCUACAAUUUAUGCGAGUAUUAGCACAUUUCAGACCAAUCAAGAAGAAUCGUGAAAAUAAAUUGAAUUCGAGAGAAGAAAAAUUAAGAUUUGCAUUUAAAAUGUAUGAUUUAGAUAACGAUGAAUUGAUUUCACGCGAUGAAUUAUUAGCAAUUUUACAUAUGAUGGUUGGUGCUAAUAUCAGCGAAGAACAAUUGGGUAGUAUUGCUGAACGUACCAUUAUUGAGGCUGAUGAAAAUGGUGAUGGAAUGAUAUCAUUCGAAGAGUUUUGUAAAGCUUUACAACGCACAGACGUUGAACAAAAAAUGUCUAUACGUUUUCUUAAUUAAAUUUUUUUGAUCUUUUCAGUUUAUUUUUAAUUAGUU